CAAGGCAACCAUCUCAAUCAUCUCAACGUUCUGCAAGGCAACAAUCUCAAUCAUCUCAACAUUCUUUUAAGACACAAUUUCCUACUUAUAUACGUCCGUAUAUUGAGGACAUAGUAGAUGUUGUGGCUGAUGAAAAUUGUGGGUUUCGUGCAAUUGCAGCAUUGCUAGGUUGGACCGAAGAAUCUUGGGCUUUAGUUCGAUCACAAUUGGAUAAAGAGAUUGGUCUACAUAAAGAUGUUUAUUCUAAUGUUUUUGAUGACAAUGUUGAAUCAGUGCGGAACUCAUUGAAAAUAUCAAAAUUGGGUGCUCAAGGAAAAGAUAAGUGGAUGUCUUUACCAGACUUGGGUUACGUGAUAGCAACACUAUAUAAUGUCAUAUUGGUGUCGUUGUCUCGUAAUCUGAAUAUGACAUUUUUCCCGCUAAACAAAUCACCAUCGAAAGAGACCUUUGGGCAGUCUUUACUAGCAAUUGGAUUUGUUAACGAGAAUCAUUGGGUACAGAUCAAAUUGAAGUCUGAUUGUCCUUUGCCACCUACGUCACAAAAAUGGAAAGACUUUUGUAGUGACACAGCAAAGAGUUGGGAAGUAGCUUAUGCAGCACGUAUGAAGCAUUGGGAACGCAUUGAUCCAUCAUUUAUCAGAUCAUCUUGUAUUUCAUUAAAUGAAGAUUAGAAUAUGUUGUGUAUCUACGUUUAUGGAUUAUUAUAAUA